GCUGUUUAGAGUAUGAACAUCUUCACAGGGCAGGUCUGCAGGGAGUCUUGUUCGUAAUCUAGGAGGAAGCUUUGGAUACGGUUCUCCCAUCUUCAGGCUGACUUGCAACAUGUCUGACUUUGAGGAUUUCAGCAGGCAAGCAGGGCAGACUAAUGUCUCUGACAGCUACCAGCUGAAUCCCACCAGCGUGAUCGUGUCGGUGGUCUUCUCCCUCAUCUUCCUGCUGGGCACCAUCGGCAACAGUCUGGUGCUGGCUGUGCUGCUGCGGAGCGGGCAGCUGGGAUACAACACAACCAAUCUGUUCAUACUCAACCUGAGCGUGGCCGACUUCUUCUUCAUCAUCUUCUGCGUUCCUUUUCAAGCCACCAUCUACUCUCUGGAGGGCUGGGUGUUCGGAUCCUUCAUGUGCAAAGUGGUGCACUUCUUCAUCAACCUCACCAUGUAUGCCAGCAGCUUCACACUCGCUGCUGUCUCUGUUGACAGGUAUCUGGCCAUUCGUUACCCACUGCGCUCCAGAGAGCUGCGGACCCCGUGUAACGCAGUGGUUGCCAUGGUGAUCAUCUGGUGUCUUUCUCUGGUCUUCGCCGGUCCGUAUCUGAGUUACUACGACCUGAUCGAUUACGCCAACAGCACUGUGUGCAUCCCUGGCUGGGAGGAGCAGAACAGGAAGUUGCUGGACACGUGCACGUUCCUGGUCGGCUACGUCAUUCCCGUGCUCAUCGUGAGUCUCUCGUACACUCGGACCAUCAAGUACCUGUGGACGGCCGUGGACCCGCUGGACGGCAUGUCGGAAUCCAAGAGGGCCAAACGCAAAGUCACAAAAAUGAUCAUCAUCGUCACAGUGCUUUUCUGCAUCUGCUGGCUGCCGUACCACGUGGUGAUCCUGUGCUACCUGUACGGAGACUUCCCUUUCAACCAGACCACGUACGCCUUCAGGAUCCUCUCCCACUGCAUGGCCUACGCUAACUCCUGUGUCAACCCCAUCGUGUACGCUCUGGUGUCCAAGCACUUUCGCAAAGGCUUUAAGAAAGUGUUCAGCUGCAUCCUCAGUAAAAAAGGCAGAAACAAGGUCCACGUGGUUCACGUCGCCAACACCGUGCCCGGGUUUGAAGCCGGCUCCACAGAGGUGUCGCAGAUGAACGAGGAGCACGUGCGACAGAAUGAAUGUGAAAUGAUAAACAGACCUCUCCCAGAGCCCAGAGAAGCCACGGUAACACUGAAUCUGCCCUUUCAGCGACAGACUUGACAAGUGAUUCAGCUUUCCUGACGGGCUGAAUAGAGAUUGCCUUAUGUGAAAGACAUCGCAUAUGAUAUUCUCGAGAAAAAGUGCUAGCUUCUCAUCACGACAUUCAGAGUUCUGGUAGCAAACAGAAGAAGAGAUUAAAAGAACAUAUUGUAUUAUUCUUAAAGGGGACAUAUCGUGACUUUUUCAGUGAUAACAAUGUGGUGAUCUGGAGUGCCUACCAACCCACAAACUGUGAAAUAGGACAACCCAGUCAGUAUUUUGGGGGCUC